CGGGACGCGGUUGCCGCUUGCCCGGCGGCCAGCAUGGAGGCGUCGCGCCACCGCCUCGGACCCCGCGCGGACAGUGCCUUUGAAGAUGAGACCAUGAAGCUUCGGCAGCUGAAGCUGGAUUACCAGAGAGCACUGCUGGAGAAGAAACAGAGAAAAAAGCGCCUUGAGCCACUCAUGGUACAGCCAAAUCCAGAAGCCAGAAUACGUCAGUCAAAGCCAAGAGGUAGUGAGGAACAAACUCCUUUGGUGGAACUUCUUACUCCUUACAACGAUGUCAUCCUGCAUGGCAUUGAUGGUCCAGCUGCCUUCCUGAAGCCAGAUGCUCAAGAUUUGGAAACAAAACUUCAUGUUCUCUCAGUAGGUUCUUCUGCUACGGAAGAGAAUACUGAAGGGAAUGUGGAUGAGGAAAAAACUUCGGAUACUGCUUCCAAGCCAGAUCUUCAGCAGAUUCUCCAAAAACAUGGUAUCUCAGGUUGUUUGAACUUCGAUGAGGAGGAGACUGAUGGUGAGGAAGAAGGAGGAAAAAAAUUAAGAUCCUGUUCACCAUAUUCAAAAACAGAGAGACCCAAUUCUGCUUCCAGCCACAAAUCAACCACAGAUACAGGAGCUUCUGGUACUGCAGCCCAGCAGGCUGAUAACCAGCUGGGAGAAGUGGAGAAUUUAGAGGACUUUGCGUAUAGUCCUGCCCCUCGAGGUGUCACAGUGAAGUGUCGGAUAACCAGGGAUAAAAAAGGAAUGGAUCGGGGUCUCUUCCCCACCUACUAUAUGCACUUGGAAAAAGAUGAAAAUCAGAAGAUAUUUCUUCUUGCAGGUAGAAAGCGGAAAAAGAGCAAAACAUCCAACUACAUUAUCUCCACUGACCCAACAGAUUUAUCUCGUGAAGGGGAACGUUACAUUGGCAAACUCAGAUCCAACUUCAUGGGGACCAAGUUUACGGUUUAUGACCAUGGUGUCAGCCCAGUCAGGGCCCAGGGCCUGGUAGAAAAGGCCCAUAUCCGGCAGGAGCUGGCUGCCAUCUGCUACGAAACAAACGUGCUUGGAUUCAAAGGCCCUAGGAAAAUGUCUGUGAUCAUUCCAGGGAUGAAUAUGAAUCACGAACGGAUCCCAUUUCGGCCACGAAAUGACGAUGAGAGCUUGCUCUCAAAAUGGCAAAACAAAACCAUGGAGAACUUGAUUGAACUGCGCAACAAGGCCCCAGUCUGGAAUGACGACACUCAGUCCUAUGUCCUCAACUUCCAUGGCCGGGUCACUCAGGCAUCCGUGAAGAACUUUCAGAUAGUCCACGGAAAUGACUCUGACUAUAUAGUCAUGCAGUUUGGACGUGUGGCAGAUGAUGUAUUCACACUGGACUACAACUACCCGCUGUGUGCACUUCAAGCCUUUGCCAUCGGGCUCUCUAGCUUUGACAGCAAGCUAGCAUGUGAAUGAGAGGACAGGCAAGCACAGGGCGGGGCUUUCUCCCUGCAGAGCUUUCGGGGGCAGACAAUUGCCACCCUUGCCCUUGCCCUUGCCUUACAUGAAGAGCAACAGUCUGCUCCUUUUGGAAUGAUUGCUGAAUAUAUGUACGUAUAUGUGUUUAUGUAUGUUGUAUUAGUCCGUUUUGUGUUGCUAUAACAGAAAUACCUGAGACUAGGUAAUUUAUAAAGAACAGAGGUUUAUUUGGCUUAUGAUUCUGGGACAGCUGCAUCUGGCACGGGCCUCAGGCUGCUUCUACUCAUGGCGGAAAGUGGCAGGCAGCUGGGUAUAGGAAGAUCACAUGGCAAGAGGAAGCAAGAGAGAGAGAGGGAGAGAGAGAGAAGGUGCCAGUCUAUUAAGCAACCAGCUCUCACGGGAACUAAUAGAGUGAGAACUCACACAUAAUCUCCCUUCCCCCAGGGAGAGCACUAAUCCAUUCAUGAGGGAUCUGCCCCCAUGACUCAAUCAGUUUCCAAAUUUUCACAUGAGUUUUGGAGGGGACAACACAUCCAAACUCCAUCAUAUGUGUAUAUGUAUGUUUGUGCACACAUAUAUGUGCAUGUGUGUAUACAUGUAUGUAUACACACUCAUUCCUCCUCUGGGUUUCACAGUCUUGGUCAGGGGUCACAGCUUAGCAUGAGUGAGAGAUUGUUUAAAGCACAGAGAGGUUCUUGUCCAGAGCAUAUUGGUGACUCCUGAAGUUAUUGCCUGACAGAUUCUGUGCCUCAAGAGUGACAUUUCCUGUGCUUGGAAACUUGCGGCAGAAUCAGGUACUAAUGGGUAAAUACUUGGGUCUCUUUUUCUGAAGACCUUUUUAAAGAGAGACAGUUCCUUAGAUUGCCUUUAUAGUCUCCAGGGCAGACAACUACAAACUUUUUCUGUAAAUGGCCAGUCGCCCUCAUAGCUACUCAGCUCUGCUUUUCUUGUACAGAAGCAGUCACAGACAGUGAAAGCUAAGUGUGACUGUGUCCAGUGAAACUUUAUGUACAGAAACAGGCAGCAGGCCUGUGGGCUGUGGUUUGCCGACUCCUGCUUCAGGUAUAUCCAUGUACUCAAGCAUCUUGCAGAAUGGGCCUGCGGUCAUGAAAUCAUGAACAGAAAAUGGGUAUAUCUAGGAAGCAACAGUCCUACAGGCUGUGUCUAAGAGGCACCUACCCUACGUCCACUGUUGAUAGCUUUAUGUGCUUUGUUAAUGAUGGUUUGUUUCUGGAGUAUUGUCUGCCAUUAGGACUGGGAAACCCAGUCAGUCAUCGCUUAGAGUCCACACAGGGGACUUAAUUCUGCCAUCCCACCCAGCCUCCCCAUGGGGGAAGGCAGUGGCAGCCACAUCACCCCUUAAAA